GCUGUAUAAGCGCUGAGCCCGUGCUGCUGGAGAGAGCCGCGCGAGCUGAGCUGGCAUCGUCUGGGACACGGCAGAAAGAAUGAAUUUGCUACGUCAUAAUAUCACGGCACGGGCCCUGCGAAGCCUCAACAAAUCACAAAGGUUACAGAGACCCUUAGUGUGUGAGUGGGCACGAGCUUGUGCUGUUGAGGAAUGGUCUAGCAGAAAGCACAGUACAGAUGCCAGAACUAACACAAGAUCCAUAAGAGACAACUGGAAAUGGGGAGCCACAUUGGCCGGAGCCAUACUGGGAUUAGGAUCAGUUUUAAUUUAUGAAGAUCAGAAGAGGAGGGUGGCAAAGGCUGAGUCUGCCAAAUCCUCAGUUGAUCAUGUUUUUCCACAGUACACCCGAGCAGAUGUUAAGCAACAUGCCAGCCUUGCUGACAGAGUGUGGGUGACCUAUGCUGGAGAAGUGUUUGACAUCACAGAAUUUGUGGAAUUGCACCCUGGUGGCAAUCGCAUACUGCUGGCUGCUGGAGGAGCACUGGAACCUUUCUGGGCCUUGUAUGGUGUGCACAAGAGUGAGCAUGUUUUUGAGAUCUUGCAGGAAUAUAAGGUGGGGGAGCUUGUUGCUGAGGAGAAAUUAGAUGAUGUGGACACCACUGAUCCAUAUUCUCAUGACCCUUCUCGACACCCUGUCUACAAAGUUAACAGCCUUAAGCCUUUCAAUGCAGAACCUCCCCCUGAGAUUUUAACUGACGGCUAUGUUACACCAAAUGACUUUUUCUUCAAGAGAAAUCACCUACCGGUACCAGAGAUCAACCCUGAUCAGUACGAACUGGUUAUACAAACUCCAAAUGGGACAAAAGGGGGUAAGCCACUGCAACUUUCCCUUAGUGAUCUGAAAAACAGAUUUCCACGACACGAGAUUACGGCCACCUUACAGUGUGCAGGAAAUCGACGCUCUGAAAUGAAUGCUGUGAAAACCGUAAAGGGUUUAGAUUGGAGUCAUGCAGCAAUUAGCACAGCUCGUUGGGCAGGUGUACGUCUGAGGGAUGUCCUGGAACAUGCUGGUUACAGUGAAAAUACACCCAAUGCCAACCAUGUGCAGUUUGAAGGUUUGGACUGUGACUUGACAGGCACAAGCUAUGGUGCAUCAAUUACCUUUGAGCAUGCAAUGAGAAAAGAUAAUGAAGUACUACUUGCUUAUGAAAUGAAUGGGAAAGAGCUGCCACGAGACCAUGGCUUUCCUUUGCGGGUAAUUGUGCCGGGUGUGGUGGGUGCUCGUAAUGUGAAGUGGCUGGGCAGGAUAGUAGUGAGUGCAGAAGAAAGCCGUAGCCACUGGCAGCAGAAUGAUUACAAAGGCUUCAACCCAUCAGUGGACUGGGACACAGUGGACUUCUCUACCUCUCCAGCAAUACAGGAUUUGCCGAUACAGUCUGCCAUCACUGAGCCACAUCCUGGACAGACUUUUACUCCUGAUUUUGAGGGGAAACUGACUGUGAAGGGGUAUGCAUGGAGUGGGGGUGGGAGGGAGGUUGUGAGAGUUGAUGUCUCCCUUGAUGGUGGAAAGACCUGGAAGGUAGCAGAACUUAGUGGAGAGAAACAAAAAGCUGGACAGGCUUGGGCAUGGAAAUUGUGGCAGCUGAGCGUCCCCAUGCCUCAUAACUGCAAAGACCUCACCAUUAUCUGCAAGGCUGUGGACAGCAGCUAUAAUGUGCAGCCAGAUACUGUGGCCCCAAUAUGGAACUUGCGUGGAGUACUGAACAAUUCGUGGCACCGUGUGCAGGUCACUGUGGAUGCACAAUGACCUCUUGGCUUGGAUGAAUGGACUUUUUUUGUGUGCCAGCGUUUAACUUAACUGCAUAGAGUCUAUUUUAAACGUGCUACGCUAAACUGCAAAUUGCAAUAUUAUCUGUGUUAGAGAAAACGAUGGCAAACAACAGUAUGCAGGUUGCAGUUAAUGUAUUACAAUUUCUGGCGUUACCCGAUGACUACCACCAUUGAAGGUGGCCCCCGCUGUGUAGUUUCUUCAUUUUUAUUUAUAAUCAUUUUUUUAUUGUGCAUCAUGAAUAAUGCUGUUAUUCAGAUCUUCCAAAAGUGACCUGUGUAUAUGAAGGACUUUGAAAAAUAUAGGAAUUAUUUGAGUAACUAACAGGGCUUGUAAGUAUCUCUUGCUUUCUCUAACAUUUAGAGAUCCUAUACAUGUGUUUUUGUUUUCAUAUUCUUCUUCUCUUCUAAUUAGAUGUUGUUGGGUCAUCUGUUUGACAUCCCUUUGAAUAAAUUUACAAGUUAUUAUUAUUAU